UAUUAAAAGGCCAACUAGGAAAUAAUUUUGCACCUGUCAUGAAUGUUGUAAUUGUAAACAGAAAAAGUGGCCAUCCACCUUUAUAUGGAUGAUCGGUUUUUCAAUGAGGGAUUUCUACCUUUUUUUAGUGCUGCCCCGUUUUAAAUUAAUUUCAUUUCAGUUCUUCGAGCAUGUCAUUUAAUACAUUUAUACGUCUUAACUUGCUGUUUUCCUUGUACGCUAUAUGUGCUUGGUCUUACAAGCCAGUAGUGAUAAUACAUGGAGUGCUAACUGGUAACAUCACAAUGUUACCGCUAGCUGAAAGAAUCAAAGAGCUUCAUCCAGGGACAGAGAUAUUUGCUACAGACAGGUUUGGUGGCUGGUCCAGCCUGAGGCCUAUGUGGCAUCAAGUAAUGGAAAUCGGUGCAGACAUAAAUAAAUUCAUGUCUAGUCAUCCAGAAGGAAUUCAUAUUAUUGGAUAUUCUCAGGGAGGUCUGCUGGCCAGAGCUAUUCUGGAGUUUUAUUCAAACCAUAAUGUAAAUACAUUUGUUUCACUGAGCUCACCCCAAUGCGGUCAAUAUGGAACACAAUUUUUACAUCUAUUCUUUCCCACUCUUGCAUGUGAAACUGCAUUUGAAUUAUUUUAUUCGAUGGUCGGUCAAAAGACUUCAGUUGGAAACUAUUGGAACGACCCAUACCAUCAGAAACUUUUUCUCAAAUAUAGCGUGUUUCUGCCAUAUAUUAACAAUAUUAUUUCUUCUGAUGAAAGUUGUAAUUUUAAAGCUGGUUUGACUAAGCUGAAAAGAAUGGUUUUAAUCGGUGGUCCAGAUGAUGGUGUAAUUACUCCUUGGCAGUCUAGUCAUUUUGGAUGCUUUGACGGAAAUGAAACGACUGUUAAAGAAAUGAGGGAUCAAGAUUUUUAUCAAAAUGAUUCAUUUGGAUUAAAAACACUUGAUAAAAAGAAAAGAUUAUUUAUUCAUUCACUGUCUGGCAACUCACAUUUUGAAUGGCAUACAAAUUUAACUGUGAUAGACAAAUAUAUUAUUCCUUAUUUAGAUUAGCAUUAUUGAAAUGGGUAUUGAUAAUGAAAAAUCAGUGUUUAAUUUCUGCACCCUUGGGGCGUAACUGGAUAAGUCCGAUUUUGGCGAAAUGAGAUGGUUGCAUUUUCCAGUAAGUCUUUAAGCCUGGCAGACUCUACAUUCUGUACCCACCUAGCAAAUUGAAGAGUUAAUUGCUAAGUAGUGGUAUGAUGAUUGGCAAGUGUCCCUAAAUUUGUGUUAACAAGUAGAUAAAUGCUGGCACAUAAUGUGAUAAGUACCAAAAAGUCAGGAUAUAAUCAUACAUAUUAAAAGCUUAUUUGCUAGACAGCUGCAGUGAAUUUUAUGGAAAAAAACUACAAAAACUGAAUUUAUGCCAAAGGUAAACUUUAAAAUCACAAUCUUGAAAAAAAAAUUUGCUCUGGCAAACAGCUGUGGUCUUAGCCAGUCCUACUCUGCUUUUUUCUUACACAUCUAGCACAUAGCUUAGUAGCCCCUUCAUGAACAAUUUAUCUUGUUACUGUAAUUUGGGACACCUAGAACAUAUAGCAUAUUCUUUAACAGAUGACUUCUCUCAUAAACGGUGAUGGGCGCUAAUUCAAUCAAUAGUAAAGCAACAUACAGGUAGCAAAAUACAGGUCUUCAGGGUACUCUAUUUCCUGUCACAGACCCAUGCAUCCACACUAAACCACUCAUGCAUUCUUACAGAUAGAUCCUUUCAUACCGUAUGAACAAUUAAAAACUGGGGAGGCACCAGGGUAUUAAUAUUACGCUUUCCUAUCACACCAUUAUAUAUCUUAUUAUAGAUAUUCUUAUCUAGUUUUGCCCUGAUGCAUAUUUAAUGUCGUUUUCAAAUGGUAUAUUAAUUAUUGUUCAAUUGUCUUUGAAAAUGAUGCCUGAUUAUUCACUUGAGGUUGAUAGAAUAAUUUAAUUUGUGUUGUAUUGUAUGUGUGUUUUAGUUGUGAUAGUUAGGUUUCGUACAUUGGCCCAUGUUUAUUUAAUUUAAAAAAAGGAAAAACAUCAUAUUUUUCCUAUUAAAUAAGCAAUACAUUUGUUGCUAGACUAAUAUCUGUCAUAAUUUAUGACUUUCAUACUGGAAUGACACAAGUCUCCUUGCGCCUGCCUUUCAAAUUCCCAUAUUUUGGAAGUGGUAUUACAAAUCAUUGCCAUAACAAACAUGUUAUAUGAAUACUGAAAAGUACUGGAGGAAAUUUGAUUUAUAAUGAAUCAUAAUUUUAAUGUUUUAUUUAUUUAAUUAUAUAAUUUUAAUCCAUCACUGUAGAAUUUAAAAUCUCUUGGUGUAAUUUGUAUAAUAAUGGAAAGAAAUGUGCACAAUAUACCUAGGUGACUUUUUUAAAACUACAUGCCGUUUUCUCAUAUAGCAUGUGAAUUUUUCUGGUAGAAACUGGUUUUAUUUUCCUUUUUCUUUAUUGUACUUUACCUUGUUAUCAGUAGAAUUGGCUGACCUUGUUUUAUUCAUCAUCAGAUAUUAUUUCAAUAGAAAGUUUACCUAAUAAAUAUUUUUCAAAGUGCAACUGUAGCAACCUAAAUUAUAUAGGCAGUGAUUCAAAUUUGACUGUGUCAAUUCCAGUUUAUUUGACAGUUAACAACUGCCAUGAGAGCAUUUUUUAGAACCUUGCUAGUUACUUCAUCUUCGUUCUUAUUGCAGGCUUCUAUCAUCAAUUUUAAAAUCACAUCCUCACAGUCAUAUUUGAAUUCAUAGGUCAAGCAUGUGAAUUUUUUGUUCCAAAUAAAAAAUUGCAACAAUAUACAACCAGAAUUUCGGAGGUAUAAAGGAAGCAUAAAACAAAAUCCAGUAUACUUAAUACUAAUGAUAAUAACAGUGAGAUGAUAAGUAAAUUAUGAUUAUUAUACAUAUUAAUUCAAUAACCUGUAUUGGUGUGAUUAUGCUUUAUAAAAUUGUCAGAUUGUUGAUCUUUUUUCUUUUCUUUUUUAAUAUACAUUAUUAUACUAUUGAAAUUUAAUCACUAAUUAUAACAGAAAUAAUUUCUACUUGCUGUGAUUGUAUGAAUCAAUACAACUCAAAAACCUUGAACCACUUUUUAUAUAAUAAGGUAAUUUUAUCUUUAGUGUAAAUAAAGGAUGACAAACAUUA